AUGGAUCCUUAUGAUGUCUUCCCGGAGUCCAAAUUCCGGCCUCUCCACGAAGUUUUAGUGGCAGUAUACGCUACCCGCCCAACAAUCCAUUGUGCUUUCAUGGAGAAUGAUGAUAGCCCCUGCCGAAACACCGUGGAAAGCCGGGAUUCGGAGGUUGUCAAGGAUUGGAUUGAAAAAAUAUCCCAAUGCUUGAUAAUGUCCAAGAAAAAUUCUCCGCUCGAUAACUUUCUUUUUCAACUGGCCCAUUAUUGCCUUUGCGACCACCAUGCUGGAAUGGCCAAGGAGGGGCUGAGGUAUCAAUGGGUUCGCGAUUUCGAAAACAGAUACCUGGUAGCCGAAUUUACUUCACUUUUGACGGCGAACUUCCGAUGGCCACCACCUCCAAGGAAACUCGAAUUCAUAGCCCACCGACCGAAUUGCGCGUCUAGCAAGGGUGUUGAAACGCGGCUUGAAAAAUAUAAGCGAAUCGACAAACUGCUAGAGAAAGCCCUCAGUCAACCCGACAAGAAUUAUGUCUAUGUGAUAUCCUCACCGGAGGCACCAGGGAAACUUAAGAUCGGGGUUUCCGGCACUCACCCAGACGAGCAGCGAGUCAUACAGCACAGCAAAUGCUACCCCGAUUCCAAACGAAUCAAGGUUUGGUCGGUAACCAGGUUUGCCUACCGCGUGGAACAGCUUAUCUUGGCCCAAUUCGAAGAGAAGCACUUCAAGCUUCAUGAAAAGUGCUGGGUAUGCCUUACGUCCCAUCAAGAAUGGAUAGAGGUUGACGAGAAAACUCUCUUUGAUCGCAUCGACGAAUGGGAUGAAUUCUUCAUUGACCGAGCCCAUAAAAUCAAAUCCAUAUAUGAUAAAGAUGGCAAGUUCAAUCCCGCGGCAGGAAGACAUAGUCCUCAUCGGAAAGAGAGCCCUAAAUGUGAUGAUAUCAGUCCUAAUACUGUCGGCAAAUUGAACUGGAAAGCAAGAGGAAACAGAGGGAAAUCUCCGGAAAUCCUCAAGAAUUCUACUCCUGUGAAGAAGAGUGGCCGUUCACGCUCAGUGACCGCAGUGGAAGAUAGUCCUGCCAAGGACAUUGAUACAUCCGAUAGCGACUCUCCGGGAACACCUGCGGAGGAAACCCCUACGAAGAAGGGCCGCCGUUUAUCAUCGCGCCGAGGAGCUCUGCUGAAUGAUAGCCGCGUUCCAAGCUCCAAAAUUCGCAUCUACGCGACCAGAAGCCGUGGAAGUUCAAUGGAUCCUGACGCUGUCUUGAAUGAAUCCAUGAGGAAGAUGGGGUUGGCCGACUGGACUGCACAGCCUAUGGAAGAACCAGUACACGAAAAACUGUGUACUUUAAUGUGA